GAUGCUGCAGAUGUCCGCCCGGACCCCUCGCCGCCUGUCGCGGUGGAGGGGCCGCUGCAGGCGUUGCUAUUCGCCCUCGGCAAGCGCCAUGGAGAAAGGAGCCAGCGACGGUGGCAGCAGCUCAGAGGUCUUGCCUUCGUCUUCCACGGCCACCUUCAAGGAGGAGCUGCUGUGCCCCAUCUGCUACGACCCUUUCCGGGAAGCCGUGACACUUUGCUGCGGCCACAACUUCUGCAAGGGCUGCGUGAGCCGUUCCUGGGAGCACCAGCGCCACGUCUGCCCCGUCUGCAAGGAGCCCUCCUCCUUCGAUGACCUGCGCAUCAACCACACGCUCAACAACCUGGUGGAGAUGAUCCUCAAGGAUGAAGGGCAGCGGCAGGGCCGCGCGGCCACCCUCUGUCCCCUGCAUCACGAGGAAGCCAAACUCUUCUGCCUGGAGGAUAAGGAGCUGGCGUGCUUUGUCUGCCAGAGCUCCAAGCAGCACGAAGGACACAAGAUGCGGCCGGUGCAGGAGGUGGCGACGGACUUCAGGGCCAAGCUGAAGAACAUGGAGUCUUCCCUGCGGGAUAAGGCAAAGGAUUUCGGGGCUGUGCAUCGCUCCUAUGAGUCCAUCUCCAAACACAACCAGGUGGAAGUGAUGCGGCUGGAGGAGCAGAUCAGGAAGGAGUUUGAGAAGCUGCAUGAGUUCCUGCGGAGUGAGGAGCAGGCACUGCUGGCCCAGCUGCAGGAGGAGGCGCGGCGCAAGCACAGCACCCUUGAGGGCAAGAUGAAGCAGUUGGCGGAUGAGAGCCGAGCCCUGCUCAACGAAGCCCGCCAGCUCCAGGUGGACCUCAAGAAGGAUGACUACACCUUCCUCAUGACCCACAAGAACCGCAAGCGCAGGAUUGCCUGCACAGCUGAGGAGCCAGAGCCUGUGCAGUCAGGGAUGCUUCUCGAUGUCCCCAAGUACCUGGGCUCACUGCAGUACAAUGUGUGGAAGAAGAUGCUGGACAUCAUCACUGUAGUGCCCUUUAGCUUCAACCCUAACUCCGCGGCGGGCUGGCUCUCGGUGUCCGAGGACCUCACCAGCGUCACCAAUGGGGGCUACAAGCUGCUGGUGGAGAACCCCGAGCGCUUCACCUCAGCCCCCUGCAUCCUGGGCUCCUGUGGCUUCUCCACCGGCUUCCACACAUGGGAGGUGGACCUGGGCACCAUCAAGAACUGGAGGGUGGGGGUGGCCCGGCUGCGCAGUGGCAGCCACUGGACCUUCCACCAUGAUGCUCGCUCCGGCUUCUGGUACAUCUACAGCCUGUCCGGGAAGGACAGUGAGCUGUGCCGAGCAUCCAACAUGGCACGGUCUGAGACGGCGAUGGGCAACGUGAGACGGAUCCGUGUGGAGCUGGACUGUGAUGAAGGGGAGCUGUCCUUCUACGACGCUGACCACAAGACCCACAUCUACACCUUCCAUGAGAAGUUUGGUGGCACUGUCUUCCCCUACUUCUACAUUGGGGGUAGACCGGUGGGUGCGAUGCCCAGUUCGCUCCGCAUCUGUCCCCUCCGGGUCCAAGUCCAUGAGGAUGUGCCUGUCUAGUGGCCACCAUCUCCUGCCACCACUGCCUCUACCUGUAUUUGGGGUUCUUCUGGUGCUCUUUUAGCUUUCCUCAGGAAAAAGAA